AUGCUAGUGUAUAUGCUAUUGUUUGUGGCGGUCAUAAUUAUAUGUAUCUACACGAUUAUAAUUUUCUUUUCUCAUCAACCAAGAGAGCCUACAUUGAGUGAAUUAACUUACACGACAAACGAUCCAACGAAUGAACAUUACAAACUACCAGAUAGGAUCAAUUCCCGUACGUCUGAAUACAGAGAUGAUGCAAUCCAAUUGAGUGUAGUCAUACCAUGCUUUAACGAAACGCAGAGAUUAGGUAAAAUGCUUGAUGAGUGUAUCGAACACUUGAAUACUAAUUAUCCAUCCAAAUACGAAAUAAUUAUAGUGGAUGAUGGCUCGCUGGACAAAAGUGAUGAGUUUGCGCUUAAAAAAGCAGAUGAGUUCCAUUUAAAGCCGCAUGUCAUGAGGGUUGUUAAAUUAUCGAAGAACAGAGGUAAAGGUGGUGCAGUGACGCACGGAUUAUUGCACUCGAGAGGUAAGUACAGCCUAUUUGCUGAUGCUGAUGGAGCCACGAAGUUCAGCGAUGUCGACAAGCUAGUUGCAUAUUUGAGUUCAGUAGACAGCAAGAAGCCAGCAAUUGCAAUAGGGUCUCGUGCCCAUAUGGUAGAUACCGAUGCGGUUGUCAAAAGAUCAUUUAUUCGUAAUUUCUUGAUGUACGGAUUACAUACGUUGGUAUACAUCUUUGGAAUUAGAAAUAUCCAGGACACUCAGUGUGGUUUUAAAAUGUUCAAUUUCCAAUCGGUAAGCCUGAUAUUCCCCCAUAUGCAUACAGAAAGAUGGAUUUUCGAUGUCGAAGUAUUACUCUUAGGCGAAUUGCAGAAGAUGUCCAUGAAGGAAAUUCCUGUCAAUUGGCAAGAAGUAGACGGCUCAAAAAUUGACAUUGCAAAGGAUUCCAUAGGGAUGGCUAUAGACCUAGUGGUCACUAGGUUGGCAUAUCUUUUAGGGAUAUAUAAACUUGACGAAUGUGGAAAAUUAAACUCAAAUAAUAAGAAGUUCGAUUGA